AACUUUUCCUCGGCGACUUGGAGCACUGGAUAUGCUCCACUCUGUACGUGCUCAUCUUCAUUGAAAUUCUUUCACGCCAACUUGGCACACUGAGUAAGUUCCAGUACGUGUGUGCCUCCUCAAUGGACGUCUCUGGAACCAACUGAGGUAACCAGAUGGGGAGCGCUAGGCAUGGAAGGCGGCGCUGUGCGGACUUGGACACGUGCUGGGCUGUACCUGUAGCCGCUGCCUGCAUUGCCUUCCUCUCAUGCAUAGCCACGUCCGGCUAUGGAUACCUAUACGUACUCUUCAUGCAAAAGCAUCAACUUUUGCGUGAAGAAGCCGCCUGGCCCCUGAGCGCACUCGUCAUCUCUGGUGGAUGCGCGGGCCUCUUAGUCAGCGUCCUGCAAAAGAAGUUCUCCCUGUACCACAUAACCCUCGUCGGUGGGCUCGUCGCUUCUGCAGGCGUCCUGGCAUCCAGCUUUGCGCCAAAUAUCGUGUGGCUCUCAGUGACCUUUGGAGUGAUACAAGGAGCCGGAAUUGGAUCUGCACUGCUGGGCGUCGCUAUGUAUUUACUUCUCUAUUUUGACAAAUACAAGGCCACUGCUACUGCUGUCAAAGAUGUGGGCACGGUCGCAGCCGGUGUAGCAGGUGUUCCCUGGACAUCGCUACUCGUGAAAGAAUAUGGCCUGCAAGGCAGCCUUCUUCUCACGGGUGCUUUCAUGAUGCAUAUCGUGCCAAUAGUCAUGCUAAUCAAGACACCUCGCCCUUUCCAAAUUUGUCGAAGGAACGAGAAAGAUGACAUCACUGGCAGCUCGCAGCAUGCUGAUGCAGACCCCGUCCCUACCGUUACGAGAGCGACGUCGCUACUGAAAGACGAGGAACCGUUUGAGCCGUCUCCAAGUACAGAACGGCAGGUGUCCUCACGCUGCUCUCCUAUUGUGCGGUUUGUGUUUAAGUUGUUCCCUUUCUUUGUUUUGGUGGGGAUGCAAGUCGUCUCAAACUACAGCUUUGGAACAUUCAUGACCACCAUCGUAGAUUACGCUGCAGACAAGGGAACAGAGCUGGAACGCGCCAAGACAGUUAUUAUGUUCACGGCCCUGGGACAGGCUCUGGGCCGGGUUGUUGUGCCCUUGGCGUCGGAUAAAAUUACCUUCAGCCGCUCCCCCAUCGCCAUCAUAUGCCUUCUUGCAACGGCUGUGUGUUUUCUCGUCAUGACGCGGGUCUCCGCUUUCGAAGAAGUUGCUGCCCUCGCUGGCAUAGCAGGCCUAGGCCUGGGCUACAUCAUUUGUAUGCAGCCAUUGCUCGUCACUGAUCAUGUCGGAUUGAAGUGGUUCAGCCUAUGCUGCGGAUUGGGAGGACUCUUCAGCGUGCCCGUUGUACUGUCGGGCCCAGCUAUUCUAGGAUUUUUCAGGGAUAAGCGUGGCUCCUACGACAGGCUCUAUUUCAUGCUUGCUGGACUCAAUUUCGUUGUAGCAAUACUGCUUACAGUGUUGGUGCUCCAAGUCAUAAUACAACGGCGACGUAGUCAUUCUAAGCAUGCUUCUUCUGGGAUCAAACGGGAGACAAAAGAGAUGAAGGAGACCACUUCAUUUUGAUAUCAAUGCCAAUUUGUGUUAGCGUAAUCAGAGGCAACAAGCAGAGUCCUGUAAGGUUCCUGCCACUCAUCUCGACAGCCGUCUACGAUGAUGAAUUCAGGGUGGUACGGGGUUUCCGCUAUGUAGCACGCAUGGCGGACAGCCCUGCCCUCGCCCGAACUCUGGGUACCACACCCAGACUCUUCGGUCAGCAGCUGUGCGAACGGACAUCGCCGUUCGAAAUGCGCGUUCAGUUUGCCUUCACUUUCGGCUCACGCGAUUGGCCUAGAGGCGAAACUGAUAGCAAACUGAACACGCGUUUCGAAGAACGGUCUCCGAUCGUGCCCCAGAAGUGCGCUGAGGCUCAGGUGUGGGUAUAAAACAUCGGUUGUUGUUAUUUCUUUCAGUAUGGUCUCUGUGAACGGCCAGUCAUUGUGUUAAUGCUAUCGGCUGCGGCAGUGCGUGUUCAGAAAGCCGCCGAGUGGCCCACCAUCGGAGAGGUGCAUAGUAUUUGAAAACAGGGAGCCGAAACGUCAGGUGGGUAGGGCUGAGGAGGUCAUGGCUGUCUUACAAUACAGCUGACAUUGUCGUUGGUAAGAUUGCAAAAACCAAAAGCUAAGCUGCAACCCCGGUCAUGAUGUGCGCAUAGUAGAAAAGUGUGGCUAUAUUCUAGUGGUUGUUGAAGUGAAGAAAUGGAUGACGAAGAUGACCAAGUGUGAAAGCGUCCUCACAAGAUGUUGUGACGAGUUCUAGCCAGCCUUGUGAAAUGAUGUGGAGGUCAUACGUGAAAAUGCGAGCGAAAACUGAUAGUGCUGUGAUGUCACUUGAAACACGAAUGCACCUGUCUUUUUUUUUUGUAUGUCGCACUAAAGGAUAAUAUGACUGUUUUCCAUACAUUGGGGAAACAAUGCCAACAGCAACACACAAAAGGCUGAAAAUUUAUUUUGCUGCUUCGUAUUUUUUACAAGUUCUUUCAAGUGUAGUUUUACUUGCAGUGCAAUUUUGCGCCAGUUAGGCAGUAUUAAUUAUAUUUCGAAUUUUUCAAUAUUUUAGUUAGGUGUUGUGUACUUUCAUUUUGCUGUUUCUGCGAUGUUUCACUGUGUACUGUUUUUUCAAGGAAGAUUUAUACUAUGCGAUCACUCUUAUUUCAACUUCAACAAACUCUCACACACACAUAGGUGCAUUUAACUAGAAUGAUGUAAUAACUGCUAUUGAAUACUCUUCCUUGAAUUUUCAUGCUAUAUGUAUGUCAUGUUUGCAAUAUCAGAUUUUCGGUGCCUGUGGAAGGCGUAAGUGGCCGU